AUGGCGAAUGCCAUUAUGGAAGACUACAAGGUGCUGGGCCGCAAGGAGGAGGAAAAUGCUCGCUUGCGGGCUGAGGCUGAGGCGUUGGCGAAGGCUGCUCGGGAGGGUGCGGAGCAGCUUGAAAGGGAGAAGGCUGCUUUUGAGCAGUAUAAGCAGACUGAGGAGUGGGCUGAGCUGAUGAAUGUCAAGGCAGCGAAUGCUGCUUUGGUCAAGGAGAAGGCCGCAACUGAUGUGGUUGCCAAAGAGGCCAAGGAGGCGGAGGCCCGCGCUGCUAAGGCUGAAGUGCAGAACCGUGUGACCAUUCUUGCGGAGGUCACUGCCCGCGCGGCCGAAGCUGAAGCGCGGGCACGGGAAGCUACCGAGGCUAGAGAUAGCCUGGUUUCUUCAUUUGAUCAGUUUAAGAUUGUUGGAGCUAUCCGUGACGCACCUGAGAACGCAGCUGCUGUAGAGGAGCUUAAGCAGCGCGCGCGGGAGGCUGGUUUUAAAGCUGGCUAUAACCGAUGUAUCAGUCAUAUGAACCUUUUAUCCCAAGGUAAAUUUACCGAUGAAAGGUCUGGGUUCCAUGGCGUAGAUACUGAAGCGCGUCUUGUUGUCGCUGUUGCGGCGUAUAACGACCUGUCCAUUUCCGCCCUUGAAGAAGUUGAUAAAUGCUUGGAGGCGGAAGAUUAUGUGGACCGCUUGCGGUCGUUGUAUGGUGAUCCUCAAGAAGAAGAGGAGGAAGAGACUGCUGGUAAUGGCACGGGUGGUGCGGGUACCAGUGGUACAAAGAAGGACUAG